AUGCGGGCGUCGUCGUCGUCGUCCAACGUGGGUAUUCGCCUCCCUUCCCCUUCCAAUCUCCUCCGCUGUUCUCGCGGUGCUUCUUCUGAGACUUUUAUACUGCGCUUUACAUCACUUGUUGAGGACAUGAUGAUGGUGGAGUUAAGCAAAGUUCUGAGAACUCCUGUUGCGGAGAUAAGUUCUAAGAGGGAGUUCUUUGGUGCACCUCAACAGGAAGUGGAAAAGAAGGCAUACUCACAGGAAGGAUGUGCUCAUGUAAAGGAGUUUCAGGAAGGAGGUUUUCAAACAAAGGAGACGUACACAAUAGAUUCUACUUUGAUGGAUGAUGAGGGCAUUUCCGUGGAUGAUGAAGUCCUUGUGGAUAUUGAGCUGAGGGCUGAAGCUGAUGCACAGGAAGCAGCCAGAAAGACUCAAAGUGAGGAAUCUUUGGUAGAUCCUAUUUUUUAUGCUGACACUUCCACUGCACAAAUUCCAGUUGAUGAUUAUGCAGAUGUUAAGUUCAACAUUGUGUAUGACAAUGAAAAUCUAAGGAUCAAAGUAAAUGAAUAUUUCCCUUCGAUGGAGAACUUCAGGAUGGCACUGAGACAGCAUGGAAUAAAGAAGGGGUUUCAGGUGCACAAAAUCAAGACUGAUAAGACUAGGUAUAGAGCUGAGUGCAAGGCAGAAGGCUGUCCAUGGAGAAUUGUGGCACGCAAAUUGCGGGACGGACCAACUGUUGUGAUUAACAUGAUGCCUCAAGAGCACAAUUGCAUAUCUACUAGUAACCCUGUUACCUCAAUGGCAUCACAAAGCUGGGUUGCAGAGAUGGCUGCUGAUUGGUUGAGGGAGAGUCCAGAACUAGGAGCAAAAGAGUUGCAAGAGAAACUGCAGGAGGUGUAUAGUGUAGAGACAUUGUACAAUUUCAGGGCUGAACUUCUUUCCUUGUGUCCAGGCUCAGUUGUGGAGAUUUGCACUAAGAUAUGUGGAGAUGAUGUCCACUUCAACAAGCUUUUCUUUGCUCUGGAGCAAUGCAUAGAUGGCUUCAAAACAGGCUGUAGACCUGACAUUGCACUCAACUACACAGACUUGGCUGGCAUCUACUCAGGGAAAUUAGCAUGUGCUUGUGCGCUUGAUGUUAUCCAACAACUUAAUACACAAAUAAGGAGUUUGAGAAACAUCAAGGUCUCUAAAUGCGGGUUGCAGACCGGUGAAGUUUCUGGCAGCUCUCAGGACAUGGUGCCAUGGAGGCACGUGGUGGACUUGGACGAGCACACCUGCAGCUGCGGGGAGUGGCAACUAACCAAGAAGCCCUGCCUCCAUGCUCUGGCAUGGAUAACCACGGAGACAAAUGCUGACGUGGAAUCCUUUGUCCAUGACUACUACUUUGUUGAGUGGUUUAGGGCUGCAUAUAGUGGUAUAGUUCCACCCAUGACAGACAGUGGCCUCGCAUUGGCCUCUGGUGGAACCUGGUUUCAACCAAGACAAGCUAGGAACCUGGCACAGUGCGAACAGUUGAAAUUGAACAUCGUGAGAAGGGUUGCACGCCUGCAUUGCCCGAAGAAGAGGAAGAGAUGCCAAGCUGAAGAGGGUAGGAAGGUUGAGUACGACGCUAACUGA